AGUGGCUGUCAGAUUAGGUCAGAGUCCAACUUUCCUCGAGUUUAUUUCAAGUUUUAUUAAUUCCUAACGAAGUAUUAACCGUAAUUAGUUGUUUCAGGCUUCCUUAUUUUAGUCAGUGUACACCUAAAGUAGUGUCCAAGCAACCAUGGCAUCCCACGUAGCAAAAUCUUUAGUUAAAGCAUCCCAUGUUGGCUCCACAGUUAAGUUUGACACAGCGCGCAGAGCCCUCUCCGUGGGGGCAGCGCUGCAACAGAAGAAGACCCUCCCCGACCGCACCGGCAAGAAUGUGGUGCUGGUGGACGGAGUCCGCACACCCUUCCUGGUCUCCUUCACGGAUUACGCCAAGAUGAUGCCGCACGAGCUGGCGAGACACUCUUUGCUGGGUCUCCUCCAAAAGACAGGCAUAUCCAAGGAGGUGAUUGACUACAUAGUGUACGGGACAGUCAUCCAGGAAGUUAAAACUUCCAACAUCGGUCGCGAGGCAGCGCUGGCGGCUGGCUUCAGCGACCGCACGCCUGCGCACACCGUCACCAUGGCUUGCAUAUCGGCUAACCAGGCUAUUACCACCGGCGUGGGCAUGAUCGCGGCGGGCGCGUACGACGUGAUCGUGGCCGGCGGCGUGGAGUUCAUGUCUGACGUCCCUAUCAGGCACUCGCGCAAGAUGCGAGCGCUGCUGCUGCGCCUUAACCGCGCUAAGACUCCCGCGCAGAGAUUGGCGCUAUUGGCGUCUAUCAGGCCUGACUACUUUGCGCCCGAGCUGCCUGCCGUGGCGGAGUUCUCCUCAGGCGAGACGAUGGGCCACAGCGCCGACCGGCUGGCGGCGGCUUUCGGCGCCACGCGCAAGGAACAAGAUGACUACGCGCUGCGCUCGCACACGCUCGCGGCGCAGGCGCAGCAGAAGGGAUACUUUACGGAUCUCAUACCCGUCAAAGUGGAGGGCAAGGACGGCCUCGUGGAGAAGGACAACGGCAUCCGCGUGUCGUCGCCCGAGCAGCUGGCCAAGCUGCGGCCCGCCUUCAUCAAGCCGCACGGCACCGUCACCGCCGCCAACGCUUCCUUCCUGACGGACGGCGCGUCGGCGUGCCUGGUGAUGUCGGAGGCCAAGGCCAAGGAGCUGGGCCUCAAGCCCAAGGCCUACGUGCGCGACUUCACCUACGUGGCCCAGGACCCGGUAGACCAGCUGCUGCUCGGGCCGGCUUACGGCAUCCCCAAGAUCCUGGAGAAGGCAGGAUUGAAGAUGAGCGACAUCGACACCUGGGAGAUCCACGAGGCUUUCGCUGGCCAAAUCCUUGCCAACCUGAAGGCGUUGGACUCUGACUGGUUCAGCCAGACUUACCUCGGUCGCCAAUCCAAGGUCGGAAGCCCAGACUUGAGCAAGUGGAAUAGCUGGGGUGGAUCGCUCUCUAUUGGCCACCCCUUCGCCGCUACCGGGGUGCGUCUAGCCAUGCACACAGCUCACCGCCUGGUUCGCGAGGACGGUCAGAUCGGGCUGAUUUCAGCCUGCGCGGCUGGCGGCCAAGGCGUCGCCAUGUUACUGGAGAGGCACCCCGACGCGCGCGCCGAAUAGACUAGACUAGCCGGAGCACCGCGACCACCGCUUGAGGUGCAAUUUUGGGCGUACUGAGGAUCUGCUAUAGUCUGGUCUGUGAGCACGUAGAAUUUUGUCCAAUGACCCCUAGCUACCCAUCCUUAUCGCUCGCGCGUAAUUAUGUUGCUGUCGCGCUCGCACACUCACUGCGGGCGCCCGUCGCACAGUCGCGACAGCAAUAUAAUUACACGCGAGCGAUAAGGAUGGGUAGCUUGGGGUCAUUGGACAAAAUUCUACGUGCGCUUUACAUACAGUAGAAUCCCGAUUAUACGGAUCAAUUAAAACCAAGGGUGUACCGGAUAAUCGAUUUCAAAGUAAAAUCAAA